AUACCAUCUCCUGUCCUUCCAAGUUUUGUUUCAGGUAAGUUCCAUGAAGUUCUAACGGAUAAGGAAAAACAGUGUUGGUUAAUUCUCAUUGAGAGGAUGGAAGUAUUUGAUGGGGAGAAAGUGAUAGAGGAGUUCGAGGAAAUGACGAAAGAUGCGGGAAGAGUUCAGGUGGAGACUCUGAAGAAGAUUUUGGAGGAAAAUGGGUGGGCUGAGUACUUGCAGAAUUUGGGACUUAAUGGAAGAACUGAUCCUCAGAGCUUCAAGGAAUGCAUCCCGCUUGCUACUCACGAUGAUUUUGAGGCAUAUAUUCAGAGAAUCGCGGAUGGGGAUUCUUCCCCUAUUCUCACUGGAAAACCAAUCGAAUCAAUGUCGUUGAGCUCUGGUACUAGUAAGGGGAGGCCUAAGUUCAUUCCCUUCAAUGAUUCACUGUUUGAGACCACAAUGCAAAUUUUUCAAACGUCUUUUGCCUUCAGAAACAAACAAAUUCCUCUUGGCAAUGGAAAAGCAUUGCAGUUCGUCUAUAGCAGCAAGCAGUUCAAAACCAAGGGUGGUCUGGCAGCAGGAGCUGCAACAACUAACGUUUACCGUAACCCGAAAUUCAAAACCACGAUGAAAGCAAUCCAGUCGCAAAGUUGCAGCCCAGAUGAGGUCAUCUUUGGCUCCGACUUCCACCAAUCUUUGUAUUGCCAUCUCUUGUGUGGGCUGAUCUCCCGAGAUGAAAUUGAGUCGGUGUUCUCCUCUUUUGCGCACAGCAUUAUCCUUCCUUUCAAGACUUUUGAGCAAGUAUGGGAAGAGCUCUGCACCAACAUUCGAGACGGGGUUCUCUCGAGUUGGGUCACUGAUCCCUCGAUUCGUGCAGCCAUGUCGAAAUUGCUCAAGCCAGAUCCUGAAUUGGCUGAUUUGAUCUAUAAAAAAUGUGCAGGAUUGAUUAAUUGGUAUGGAUUGAUACCAGAGCUGUUUCCCAAUGCCAAGUACAUUUAUGGGAUCAUGACAGGCUCGAUGGAGCCUUACCUGAUGAAACUGAGGCACUACGCGGGGCAUUUGCCGCUGAUAAGUGCCGAUUAUGGUGCUUCAGAAGGAUGGAUUGGAGUUAAUGUUAACCCGAUGUUGCCCCCUGAAAUGGCCACCUUCGCUGUAAUUCCAAACAUUGGAUACUUCGAGUUCAUCCCGCUUAAAGCAAAUGCUCAAGAUCAGGAACAGGAGGGAGCGCAGGAGAACAAGCCGGUUGGUCUGACCGAAGUCAAGAUCGGUGAAGAGUACGAAAUAGUUGUCACCAAUGUUGCAGGGCUGUACCGUUAUAGAUUAGGAGACGUGGUGAAAGUGAUGGGGUUCCACAAUGCAACACCAGAGCUGAAAUUUGUGUGCCGGAGCAACCUUCUGCUGAGCAUCAACAUGGACAAGAUCACGGAGAAGGACCUGCAGCUGGCAGUGGAAGCAGCAAGGACCGUACUGGCAGCAGAGAAGCUGGAACUGGUGGAGUUCACAAGCCAUGCAGACAUAACAAGCGAGCCUGGGCACUAUGUGAUAUUCUGGGAGAUAAGCGGGGAGGCAAAGGAGGAGGUGCUGAUAGAAUGCUGCAACCGUCUGGACAAGGUGUUCCAGGAAGCGGGGUCCGUGAGCUGGAGAAAGGGGAAGGCCACUGGAGCCCUGGAGCUGAGAGUGGUCCGUAAGGGAACUUUUCAUAAGAUCAUGGAACAUUAUGUGUCCUUAGGAUCGGCUAUGAGUCAGUACAAAACCCCUCGUGCUGUUGGCUCCACCAACACCGCCGUCUUCGACAUCUUGUGCUCCAAUGUUGUCAGCUCCUAUUUCAGUACUGCCUUCUAAGUUUUUGCUUUCCUUGUCUCUCUUUUCUCCCCCACAGCGCAUGUCACCACAGCUCCUCCCCUUCCCCCCCUCGCCCAUGUA